AUGUAAAUAUCAAUGUCAAAAAAAAUACAGGUUAUCUUGUAGUUAUUUAUAAAAUUUCGAUGAUAAAUGCAAGAGUGAUACAUUUUUAUCAUCAUGGGGACUAGAAUUUUACAAAAGUUAAUUGUUCCCGUGCUUAUUAAUUCAUAUAAAUACCAGACUCAUAAAAUAAGACCCAUCGAAAGGAUUGUUUGUGCUCAUAGUCUUGGCUUCACUAAUAUUCGUAAUUAUGCAAAAAGUAAAGAUAAAGGAAAGGACAAAAAAUCAAAAGGAAAGGUAGAAAUUAAUCCUACUAUGAUAUCAGAAUUGGUUCCGGUUGAGAAGUUGAAAGAAAGAAGUAACGCAGCAAUUGAUAAAAUGAAAGAUGAUUUUGCUAAACACUUAUCUUUACGCUCAACAACAGGAUCUAUAGAGACCCUCGCAGUUAAAUUUGAAGGGAAAGAUUAUGAGCUUCAAGAAUUAGCACAAAUUGUACGAAAAAACCCCAAGACUAUUGUGAUAAAUUUUGCUUCUUUUCCCCAAGCCAUUCCAGAUGCUUUGAAAUCUAUAAAUAGCUCUGGUCUUAACUUGAACCCCCAACAAGAUGGCACUACACUUUAUGUUCCUGUGCCUAAAGUUACAAAGGAACAUAGAGAGGCACUAGCAAAGAAUGCUAAAGCUUUGUAUAUCAAAUGUAGGGAUGCAUUAAAAGAGGUGCAGAAUGAGUAUAUAAAAAAAGUGAAAAAGCAGACCGGUGUGUCAGAAGACACCAUAUUCAGUGUAACAAAGCAAAUAAAUGCUAUGUGUGAGAAGUAUCAAAUGGAAGCUAAGGCUGUUUUUGAUGCCAAACAUGUGGAAUUAGUUGGCAAAUAAUUACAUUAAGUUAUGAAAUGUACUGCAUUAGAAUUUAGGAAAUAAAGAUUAUCUAACAUUA